AUGGCAUCCGCAGCUGCGGCGACGCCGCUCGGACUGCUUCAUAUGAGACCGCUUCAGCUUCACCUGCCAUCAGACCUUCCUGUGGACGAACCUCAGCUUCUUAAGGGCCGCAGCCCCUCUUCAGCAAGUUUCCAGUCAUUGGUGGCAAUUGAAUCCCAAGUGACACUAGUCAGCAAAGGCGGCCAGAUAAACAACAUGAUGCAAACGCACCAGUAUCCAGCCCUCAACCAGCUGUCCCAUGUCUAUGAGCAACAGCAAUUGGCAAAAGAGCUCAACAAAUACGCCUCACUGAAGGCCGUGGCGGCCAAAGCCAAUGGUGAUUUCCUCAACAAGCAACACCGCCACUUGGUCGAGUUGGCGGCUAAGGGAAGCCUGCCGCUUCAUACAGUCAGAAUGGAGCAUGUGGAGCCCACAGCUUCUUAUGUCACUGAGGUCCCGUGCCUCAAGCAGAAUGGACAGAAGCCCAAAAGCAUUAAAGCCAACGUGACCCAUCCCGCGAUGGCCUACAGCUCCAAUACAAUCGCAAACCCCGGCAUGCUCAGGAGCUGGGAGAACGCAGAGACUGCGGGUCGCCGCAAAACCUACGGCCCUAGGAAGGUGUGCACGAUGGAGCGAGUUAAUGAGCUCCACACUGCCCGCAGUCAUCAUUACCUACCAACGCAACCCUACUUUGUAACCAACAGUAAGACUGAGGUGACUGUGUGAGAGGCUGAAAACGCUUCAAAGCAAGUGGCAGAGAGCCGAGUGAUUAUUCUCAUGAAAGGACUCUCCACACUGCCCCUAGUGGACUGGAGGCACAACAGGGGUGAGCAUGUUACGCUCUCACGAUAACAUCCACCUGGGACACUUGGAAACGUUCACCACAAUUUAUAUCCACUGUAACAAUGAUGUGUUUGUGUUCCGUCAAUGACAAGUUAAAAGGAAACGGAUGUAAAGAAUUGGCACACGUAAAGAUUCAGAUCAAUAGCAAUAAGAUCUAAUAAAUGUGGACGGAAAGAAUGGCUUUGGAGCGAUGAGACAUUACAGAAAUGAUUAUCGAUCCCUGCCGUGGAGUAUGAAACUCAUAUCUGAAAUAAUAUACUGAAAAUAGUUGGGUGUGAUAUUGAUUUAAUGAUGGCGGCAUGAAGACACUGGGCUUGAGGCUGUGCCUUUUGUUUUCUCAUUAUAAAACACCUCGGUCAAGCAACUAAACAAAUGGCGCUUGAAAUAUGGAGUCAGAAGAGAAUUAGCAGCGAUGGUCACAUUACUGAAAAUAGAAAAUAAUGCGGAGGUAGCAUUGUCGUGCCAUGAGCAACACUGUUAAAAAACAUGGAGGCUUAGAAAUAUGUGUUUGGUCUCCUUUUUUGCGUAACAUUCGGCAUUACUUUUUUUACGUGUACUCUCAAAUGCAUACGAGCAUGUUGAAAUAUUUGUCAAAAUGUCAUCAGUUGGUGUAUCUGCUGCCACAUGUAAGGUUGUUUUGCACUUUUACAAAUGUGUCGUACAGAAGGUGCAUUUUAUUUUAUUUGAUUUUAUUUUUCCCCAAACAGAUGCGACUAUAAAACUAUAUUAAAACCAUUGCCAAUAUAUUUAUGCAGAUUAUACAGUACAUUGUGCCAAGAAGUAGCCGGUUGAAGUUGUUGUGUUCCGCAUUAUUUACUAAAAUAUAAUGAUUUAUUUUGUUUUAUUCAAUAGGAUGUUCGAGACAGACUGUUUCUAAUGGAGUGCUAAUUGUGGAGAUGAAAAUAAAAUAAAGCUUUUUCUUUCCUCA